UUUUUGUUUUUUUUUUCAUUUGGUGAAGGUGAAAAUGUCCCAUGUGGUUUGUGGAUGUGGUUUAUUCAAGUUUGUGGUGUUAUGCUUUUUAAAAUAAAUACCGUUGGAACAAUUUUCGCGUAGUUCUUAGAACGUAAGAUAUUCAUUUUAGGAGAGUUAUGGGGAUGGAGGAGGGGGGGGGCGUAGGAGUAAAAAAAUGGAUUCAAUAUCAGACAUAUCUGAUACGUUAUUUAUUUCUGAUUGUGUCGGUCAAUUGUAAAUGUGUUGUGUAAAUUGAUUUGUAGACUACUAUAUCGCCGCUUCUUGCUGAGAACUAGCUUUGCCCGCGAGGUCUAACGUCACGUGACCCUACCUUUUUACAAGCAGAUCUCACGUGCAUUUACUUACUCACAGACACACGAACGACACACCUUUUCCGUGUAGCUGGAAAUAGCUAGCGGCUAGAUACGAGACAAUUCGAGAAACAACAAGGCAUGACCUGAAUAAUGUUUUCUCUUACCAUUGUAUCGUCAUGUGAUAUCACGUUCAUGUAGGCCGUACAGUUGAGCUAAUGGGAAGGAAAAAAAGAUGAAUGUGCCUAUUACGCCAAGCUUAAAGUUAUGUGAUUCUGUAUUAAGCCAAUGAUUUGGAUCAGUUGGACGAACUAAAAAUUCUGUAUAAAGCUAAUGACUUGGAUCAGUUGGACGAACUAAAAAUUCUGUAUAAAGCCAAUGACUUGGAUCAGUUGGACGAACUAAAAAUUCUGUAUAAAGCCAAUGACUUGGAUCAGUUGGACGAACUAAAAAUUCUGUAUAAAGCCAAUGACUUGGAUCAGUUAGACGAACGAUGCAACACUUGAAGACCAUAGCCCGGGUCAACUGUGGGAGUAUCCUGAGACAAUGGGCGCUGCUCUUGUUGGCCCUCACUAUCUCGCUGGUCCCGCUAGUUUCACCUGUACUCACAUCAGCAGCAGACGGCGGCAGUUUGAAGAUGAUCGUCGUUAAAACAAGCGUUAUUCUUUAUAAAGACGAUGUAAAUGAGGGCAACGUAAUCAACUGCAGCGUUCCAGGAAACACAACGGCGUUAGUAGCGGACGGGAAGUUGGACCAUGAUUGGACGCCCCCUAAGGACGUACAACUCAUCCCAUCUGCCAAAUCUGCCACCUCGGCUGCUAGCAAAAGUUGGGUGGAACUGACCAGCCAGAAGACGCUAGUGUUCCACGAACCGGAUGAGUCGGUGUCUGGCGAGUACACGUGUCGCACGCGGCGUAACGACCAAGACGUCGCUCUCAAAACUGUUCACAUCCGGGUCAUGACCAAAACAUCGUUUGACACGAACCAUAGGAUCAAAGUUGCUUUUAUUAUAGCUGGUGUGUUUUUUGGCUGUAUGUGUAUCUUUUACGGCGCAUACUAUUGGCGCAGGAGGAGGAAGAUGCGCAUGUCUGAAGCUAGGAAUAACCAAACCCGGCGUACUUUUGAAAUUCCUACAAUUUUAGUUGUGGACAUGUCGGAAACUGAUAAUAUGAUGGAAGAAGGAACAGAUUCAAAAGUAAACGGAUUAACUUGAGCUAGUGUUUAACCAUAGCGUUUUUACAUCUUGUGUUGCUUUUGUUUUUUAUUGUUAUAAUGUAUACCCGAACUUAACAAACUGUUAUUGUUGCUUUGCAUUGAGUUGAUGCCAAGUGUCCUUUGUGACAAGACUAGAAUAUUCUAUAAUUGUCACUUUGUUUUUAAUGUAAGGAUAGUGCUUAUGGCGUCUAACGGUAGAGGAAAUACGCAACCCUCUCAUUCCAUCUAACAGGCUUUCGGGGAAAUAAACACUGCAUACUCUAAUGUAAAAAGAAAAUCAUGAGGUAUUUUUUUUGUUUUUUUUUAAUUAAAAAAAAAGCUUACAUAACGCGAGCGACAAAAGAUUCCUGAAAAGUUUUGAGAAAAUUAUGAUAAAAACCAUAUUAUUUUAAUGUUAGACUAACACUGACUAACAGUAAUUUAAUUAUGCGUUUUAGAAAAAUUAAUAUACAAGGGUGGAAAAGCUACUUGCUUAUUUCGUCCAUCGUUAGACCCAAUAAGCACUUUCUAAUGUAACACAUCGAACCCAGCAGUAUCUUCAAGAUCUAGUUAUAACAGGGACAAAAUAUUACAUGGCCCAAACAUUACAUGUAGCCUCAUGGCCCAAACAUUACAUGUAGCCUCAUGGCCCAAACAAAUGUAGCCUCAUGGCCCU